ACUGCAUUGCGUCGUGCGACCUGAUUCCGAGCGAGAGCCCGCCGACGACGCGAUAUAACGCGCCCAACCCCGCGAUCUGAGCAUCUCUAUAUAACGUUAUAAAUAAUCAAUUUCGCUGCUCUUGUGUGUCGGUAUAGCGUCGACGUGGGAUUGGAUCGUUUGGCGAGCUACUGAAGCGAUGACCCGCGGUUUUUGUUGGGGCUGACCAAAAGUUUAUUUGUUGAUCGAUCGAUUGAGCUGGGCUGAGGUGAUUUGUUUUUGGAAUAUUUUUAAUUACGUAUAAUUCAAGCGUAUCAAGAAUCGAGACAUCGACAAUAAUGAUCAGCGCCGAAUCGAUACUUCUUAACAACGCAGAAAUGCGUGGAAAAAUCAUUAGCCGCCGUUAAUAGCAUGAGAUAUAAUUGAAAAAGGAUCAAUCCCCGAUAAAUUGCAGCCCACUUAAAAUCACAUCCAUUUAACAUGCUCGACGCUUAGCUUAUUCUUCCGUCGUUAUAUACGACAUACACGUACAUAUGCGCCAAACUCAGUUGACCCGCAUCUCCAGGGACUUUUUUUUUAUCGCUAAUCCAGUAGAAUAUACUGCAGCCAUCAGCUAAAUGCAUUUUUCUUGCAUACUCUCUCUCUCUCUCUCUCCCUCUCUCUCUCUCUCUCUCUCUCUCUCUCUCUCUCUCUCUCAUUCUCCGUUCUUCGUCGCGAACACACCCCGUGCAUAGCUCACGUUUAUAGAUCGCCGCAGCCCCGAUACGCCACACAGCAUCGACCGCAGCGAUUUUCGAAGCCUCCCUCUCUUCUCUCGGCUCUCUCACACACAGAGCUAAUCGAAACCUCGUGUACUAUAACUAUAGGAAAUAUUUUUUUCUCAAACGAGAAUGAGCGAACAAUUCGAAUCUCUUCAAAACUGACAUUUAUCGAUGCGUUACACAAGAACGAAACUGUAGGUAGCAUUCGAUAUUGUAGACGUUACGUAUGUUAGAAGCGUUCGAUCGUCGACGCGCGGGCUCAAGUCGCGUAUGCAGCCCGCGCGUCAUCGAUCCAGGGCUUAUUAAUAUCGAGAUUCGUGCACUCGCGCGCGCGCAGCCCCCUUUUUGCGUGUCGCAUGUGUCCAGCCGCUUACAAAACGACUGCAUAACGUGUGUGCGUGCAUUCGGUGCAUUCGGUGCAUUCGGUGAUAAAAUUUAUGAACGAGCUACUGAGUUGAAUAUUUUAAGAAUAAUACUUUAUCUGGUACAUUACAGGACAAACUUCUUUUGGAAAAAUUCAAACAGUUUCCUCGUCCGUCCGUUUUGACGUCACUGCUUUAGCGGGAAAGAUGAUAAUUGCGGCGCGUGACGAGAAUUUCACGUGCUGAUCUUGCACUUGUCGUACUUUCGAAUAUAAAUGAUCAGAAAUUGGCGAGUGCCACCAUCCAGCGAAAACUCAAACGUUCCCGCCAAACCGAUCACGUGCUUGGCUGGAGAAUAUGUCACGAGUCACGACGUCACGUGUUGCGCAGUGCGCGCCGCGCGCAUCUCCUCCCGUAACCUCAAAAUUCUGCCAUCAGCUGGCGCUUCGCGACACUAUACUUCGCGGUCUUCAACGCACACAGAUCGAGCUGCUUAUAAUUACAACAACUCCGAACUCGUCCCAUCAGCGCACACCUACCGCUACGGCUCGCGGAGCACAGUCCUCGACUCCGCGUCCACGUGAGCGUGUGUGGACGGCCACUUGUGUUGGUCACUCACCUCUGAUCUCUCCCAGUAGUCUCAGUCUCUCUCCAUCAGACACAGCAGCCUAGUCUCUCGCAUAUACUCAUCCGCGCGUAUACAGCAGUGUGUAAAUACGAGCAUCGGUGUGUAUGUGUCAGGUGUCUGUGUGCACGCAUCGCGCGGCGGAGAGAAAGAUUUCUCGCGGAGUAGCGACGAGUAGAAAAAGAGAGAGAGAGAGAGAGCAGUCGCGGACUGCUCGCGUUGCGCGAGUUGUCAAGUGUGUCGUCUGGAACUGCUGUACAUUAUAGCGCUGGUGCAGCCUAUAGCAGCAGCGCCUACUCAUCAUCCUCAGUUCGUCGUCAGCGUCAAUAGCGAGACAAUAAAGGCCGUACCUCGCUCGCCUCGAACAUGACCGUGUAGCGCGCGCAGCAACGCCACGGGGAAUUCAAGGAAUGACUCGCGGAAGCGCACCACUGCAGCAGCAGCGUUGAGCAAGUCCUCUCGUCAAUCUCCGCCUCCUUCUUUCCCUCUAUUUUCGUUCUCCUGCACCGUCUCUCUAUACUCUGCAGUCCGAGAGAGACCACACGACGAAACGAAGAGAAGGCUGCAGCAGAUAAGGCGUCGUCGAUAGUGAACACCGGCGAGGCGACUAACUCUCUCUCUCUCUCUCUAGCUCAAGGAAAUACCCGUAGCAUAAAAGCCUCAAUGAGGGCCGAACGCCACUGCCGCUUGACCCAGUUCUUCCAGUGAGUUGUGCGCGCGCGACCAUGGAUUUUCGGGCAGUGCCUCCCGGUGCUGCUGCCCUGGGCGCCUGGAACUGUCAGCUGCAGCGAUAGUGCCCCCGCACAGCCGAUUUCCCGCUGCGCCGAAGAAGAAGCUCCUUCGACCACCCUAUACUAGUGUAGUCAUCCCAGGCGGCUAUCCCUGACCGCGGUGAUGAUGUCGAAGUCCAGGGGGACUAGGUUAAGUUGACACCACGGACGCGGAAAGAGCGAGAGAGCAAAAGGCCACGGCAUACCCGAGGAAGAGCGCACAAACGCCUGCAAGAGGCUCCCGAGGAGAGAGAGAGAGAGAGAGAGCAAUAACAGCGAAUGUUGGAUAUAGAUAUACAUGAUCUAGUAAAAAUAAAUAACUAGUUAAAAAUGCCAAGAAUCACUAGGAAGUGGGAACUGUUCCCAGGCAGAAAUCGCUUCUGCUGUGAUGGAAGAGUGAUGAUGGCACCCCAAACCGGUGUGUUUUAUGUUACAGUCUGCUUGAUUGCUGGAACAAGUGGACUAUUUUUUGCAUUUGACUGUCCAUUUUUAGCAGAAAACAUAACGCCUGCAAUACCAGUCAUAGGUGGUUUGUUGUUUAUCUUUGUAAUGUCCGCUCUAUUUCGGACCAGUUUUAGUGAUCCUGGUGUGAUACCUCGCGCAACGCCUGAUGAAGCAGCAUACAUCGAAAAACAAAUAGAAGUGCCAAAUAAUGGUAAUUCACCAACCUACAGACCACCUCCAAGGACAAAAGAGGUAUUGGUCAGGGGGCAACCAGUAAAGUUAAAAUACUGCUUCACAUGUAAAAUAUUUAGACCUCCAAGGGCAUCACACUGUAGUUUGUGUGAUAAUUGUGUAGAAAGAUUCGACCACCAUUGUCCAUGGGUAGGAAAUUGCGUAGGGCGUAGAAAUUAUCGCUACUUCUAUGCAUUUAUAGUGUCUUUAGCAUUUUUAUGCGUUUUUAUAUUUGCGUGCGCAGUAACGCAUCUGAUAAUGUUAACAAGAGAUAAUAAGCCUUUCUUAGAAGCUGUAAGAUUGUCUCCAGGUAGCGUAGUCGUUGGCGUUGUAUGUUUCUUUUCUGUUUGGAGCAUUUUAGGAUUGGCUGGAUUUCAUACAUACCUCACAACAAGUAAUCAAACCACUAAUGAAGAUAUUAAAGGUUCCUUUACGAGUAAAAGAGGACAAGAAAGCUUUAACCCAUAUAGUCAAGGAAACAUUUGCGGAAAUUGUUUCUAUGUACUUUGUGGCCCAGCACCUCCCAGCCUUAUAGAUCGAAGAGGCGUCGUUACGCCUGAGUACCGCGCUGAACAAGAGAGAGUCAGUGAGGAUUGUGUAAUAACCAAUAAUAAGACUUAUGGAACUGUGAAACUCGUACAACCACAGUCCAAUGGAGUGGCAUUACCAGUGAGCGGUGAUCUCACGGGUUCCACGAACAACCUUGUGUCCAACCAGCAGCAGCAGACUCAGCAACAGCAGCAGGCACAGCCACAGCAGCAGCAUUCCCCGCACCUUGAAUCCAUAAACGGUGAGUCAGGCGCUUCGGCUUCAACCGCGAGCGCUCAUCACUUACCUCGCUACCUCGACGACCUGCCCUCCUACUCUUGCCAAUAUUCGGCCGACGCGUACGUGCCCCUCAAGUACAGCUCCACCCGUUCUUGCGCCGAUUCGCCUUGGGACCAGCGCCCGGGCUCGCUUAGGUCUCCGCGUGACUAUCACCAUCAACAGCCGCCAGCGCCACCACCGCCUCCGCCUACUCAAAAACCCUCGUACCGCUGCGAGGAGAACCUGCAGAGGUACCCGCAACGCUGCCGCGAGGAAUAUUAUCACCGCUGCUCGGAGAGCAAUCUGCUCGCGGAACGCUACGCCGAGACCCAACACAAGUACUGGUCGGACGUGCACAAGUACCUGCAGCGUUACUCCGAGGAACCGCUCAACAAGAGCAUCGACGAGGCGGAGUUGGGCAAGCCUGUCGGCUACCCCGUGACCUCGAGCGCUACGACGGACUUACAGAAGUUUCCGCAGUGCUACUCGGAGGAUCCGCUGCGUGUAAGCGUGCCCAGUAGUGGGGCGCACUCGCAGCGGAGCCUAAAAUACGCGGCCGGACUACGCUGUCCCGAGCCGUACACUGGCAGGAGCAGCUUCAAGUACCCCAAGUCGUCUGGUGGUUUUCUCGGAAAUCGUAUUCUCAGCCCUGGUGGGUUGCCGAUGAUAGGGCAUACCGCAAUCGAUCUCGUCGUCAACAAAUUCGGUUCGAAUUCGCUGGACCACCAUCACCAGCUGCACAGAGCUGGUAGUGGCAGCGAGCACCAUCAUUUUGCGCAUCAUCCCUACGUCGAACAGAGUACGUUCUGUCCUUGCGAAACUGGGAGUAGCGCGGGCUUGGAAAGAGAUGAGGAGGAAUAUCUGGAAGGACGGUACAUGAUGAACACCUCGAUGACUGAUAGCGACCCCGAGGCUAUGUAAAUCGGCUCUGAGUUUACGGGCAUUUUAUUAGGUUUUUCAAUGGUGUCUAUUUCAUUAGCUUUGAGAUCAUGAGCGGAGUAACGUCGUCUUUGACAACGAUGACCUUUGAUUGUGGGAAACGACAUUUUUUAGAUUAGCUUUAUAAAGCUGACACCACAUUUGUACUUAAAAUUAUGUCCGAAAAAAGACACAGACUGAUUUUACUUGCAAAACGAGGUUAUCGCUGUCGAGUCUUGUCUAAUCAUCACUCUCGAAUUGAUUCUUCGAAAAUUCAAGUGAAAGAUACCGAUGAAAACGUAGAAUAGCUUUGAUUACCCCCUUAAAAGGACGAAAAUUGACAAAAUUUCGUAUAAUAAAUUAGCGGUACUUGGAUGUAAGUUUUCACAUUGAUUUUAACGUAUAAGUGAAAUUGUUUCCUAUGUAUCUCGUUACGAUCAAGGAGGAGCAGUGACUAUUGCAAGCCUUCGUAGCCGCGAUCUUGACGGUAGAAAAGUAAAAUUUUGAUAUAAAAAUUUUAACAUCGAAAUUGAUAAGUCCAUACUAUACACGCUAAGCUAGUAACUUUUGAAGUAAGCUUGCACGAUCGUAUAUUAUAAAUCUAAGAUUAGAUAAAGCACAUUAUAGUGCAAGAUCUAGCGACGUUUCCUUUUCUCGAACAAUUGAUUUAAAAUAUUUUACACAGUAUAAAUAAAAUAUAAAAAAUAAGGUUUAGAAAAAUUAGUUUCUAAGAAUAUUACGCAACUCAAAGUAAAAAUUUGCUAGUCAAUGCAUUUAAUACGGUAAAGGCAUUCUGUUCCUCCUUGAAAAGUUCUAUUUAAGUAUAUCAAUAAAAAUAUCAAAGAGCUGAUAUUAACAAUAUACAAUCUCAUAAAACAUUUUACGUUAAUGUGCAAAAAGUUAAGAAUCCACGUACAUUAAUUCCAGUCUGCAUGACUAAAUGUUUCAUCCAUAUUGGGGCAUUGCAUUUGUCAUCCUUAUAAAUAUUCCGAUCAAUCAUUGCAGUCACAACACAAUCGUUAAUUUGCUAUAUGUCUGAACGUACAUGCGAAAAUUCCGUAGUGUAUGCAUACACUUGUUAGACGAUUAUGUAUGAUUAUACGUAAUUUUUUCUGGGGCAUCCGCGAUUAAAGUAAAAAUCUCAAUAAGUGAUCCUCUUAUAAGGUUAGCGGCAAAUGUACUUUUUCAUCGUUAACGAACCGUAGUUAAUCUAUGUAUACUCUACGAAUGUUCCGUGUAUAUCGUAUUAUAUAUAUCAUUGUUAUCAAUUGCGUGAAGUUUUUUAUAUAGAUUCGUCUGUUUGUAUAAAAGAGACUUAAAAGAGAUAAACCGAAGCUGCGAAUAUCGUAUAAUAAUGCAGUGUUAAACUUGAAUAUGAAAUACGGAUUUUUUUCUAAUCGCAUCACAGCAUAUGAGUAUCCUCGCUGAGCAUUGUUGGCCUUAUCUGUUAUAGACAAAGCUACUUAAAAUUGAUUUAAUAUUUGUAGAGGAAUUAUUUUUUAAGGUAUACACCUGUGAUUAAAAAAAAUGUUUACUGAACAAAAAAAUUAAGAUUUGCGAAUUUGAGAUUUUUAAGACAAUAACUUUGUUUAACGUUUUCAAUCUUGCACCAAUUUUUAUUUUUUAAUGUUAUGCAAAUUAGCAUGAACAAUAUGACUCUCUCGAUAUAUAAAAAAUCUUUAGCACAUCUUAUACUGUGUAACGAAAUUUUCAUAGGUGUAUAUUCUUGGCUAUUUUUUACUCUAUCCAAACAUAUUUAAUCUUUUUACGUAGAUGAAAAUGAUUAAUUAAACAGCAGUAAUUUUAUCUUGCAUUCUACUUCUCAUGCUUGUUGAUCUCAAAACAUCUUCUAUUAACUAUUCUAUCAUAAAUAAUAAUCAAUAGACACUCGAGAGGUAUAAAAUCAAUAACUUAAAAAGUACUUAAGCUAAUAGAGUAGAAGAUAUAUUAGAUGAAGCAAUUUAAAAAAAAAUCGUCAUGACUCAAUAAAUCUUGUUUCUCUGUUGCUUAUAAUUACGUCCGAUAAAUGAGGGCUCGGUGAGCAUACAGUCCGGUAGCACGACGAACAGCGUGAGCCAUUUGGUGGCAAACGAGGUACCCAUGGCCUCACUGAGCCUAGCCCCGAUUGACAUUGACGAGAUAGCACCAUUACCAGCACCUCCCACUGCUCUUCAUCCGGGCUCCUCCGUACUCUCGUCUAUGGAAGCCGGCUCAGUAGGCCUCCCACCUGUGGCCACUGUCACAACGCCACUCUCGGCAUCGCGACUCAGGCUGCUCCAAGACACCACUAUGAUCGAGUCCGCUCUCGACCUCGACUCGCUCGAAGAGGCCAGUGUCGGCCGCGGAAGUCAGGCUGGACUCAUCAAGAUGGGUGCCAUCUGAGCUGCUCACGGAGGAGGCCGGUGCCAGAGAUAAAUAGAUUAUUUACCUCCCUUUCUUUCUUUCCUUUUUUUGCUGAUUUUUGUACGAUGUACUACAAGACGUUUAUAUUGCGCGUGCCUUGGUUGCAAGAUUUCAUUAGACGCGAUUCAUUCCAAUUUUCUGUCGGAAAGGAAAUUGUUUCCGGCAAACUGUUGCAUUUACAAGGACGAUGCGGGGUAAGAAUGUGUGCUUUAUUAUCUGUAGAAAACGUUAUAUUUUCGUGCCACAUCGUGCAAACGAUAUCAGGCAUUGUGCAAACUUUAAACUCUCCGCAAGAUGCAAUCGUGUUCAAUGAAAUCUUCUGAUUAGGAA